UCGAUCGGACCGGGAAUAUGGCAAAAGCACGCAAACUGUCAGGGUUAGCAGCUCCAGAUAUCCCACCUGUCCAUCUCGACAUCGAACAAACCGAGGUGGAAGAAAGAGGCUAUUUUCCGCCCGUUCCUCCCACUCUACGAGCUAAGGAUGCAAUACGCUACAUCCCAACGCUCAACGGAGAUGAUGAUGUAGGAGUUGAAGACUUCAUCAAAGAAGUGAGAAGUAUGAAGGAUCGCUGUAUGGAACAAGAUCUAUUGCUAAAAGCAAUAAAAGUGGAAAAGAUCGUGGCGAAAGCAGACCAAAGUAUUCGCAACAUUCCUAUUGAGUGUUACAGUGAUCUGAACGACGCACUCAGAAAUAAUUUAGCAGCACAAGUGACUUCGGAUGAGUACCAAGAACAAUUACGAGAGUUGAGACAGGGACGCGAGGAAUCAGUGCAAAGUUUUAAUAUUCGGUUUAGAAGAAUACUCAACCGUUUGCUGUACGCAGUAACCAAUGAGUACCCACAGCCGCUGACACGUAAGAUUAUGACCGAAGAAAUCACGAAGAAAACUGUUCGUGUGUACCUAAUGGGACUCAGACACGACAUAGGGCGAAUACUAUUAAGCAGUGAACCCUUGAAUCUUUCGGAAGCUGAAAAAAAGGCAGCCGAUAUAAAACGCUACUUGCGAGAAGAACGACAACCUAAUUAGUAAUGUAAUCGCUUAUCUUCCACCAGUAAUCGCCCCAACAACCAGCCAAUGCAGGUAAGACAAUCUAAUGUACCAUCAAGAUCGCCUAAUACGCCAGUAGCUCAGAAACCUGUUACAUUUAACCAAAUAGAAAAUAGACCACCUGCUGAACGCGCGCAGAUGAAGUGCUUCAAGUGCGGAAAGCUGGGAUAUAUUGCCAACAAGUGUCAAAAUUUUCUACUACCGAGCCAGCGCCACCGACCACCCGCAAGGAUUCAGGCAGUCCAGGAAAGGGACGAAAUACAAGAAACAACAUCGAACCAGGAGAUGGACGAACCGUACGAGACAUACGAGUCAACAUCGCCACGGGAAGACUACUCGCAAUACCUUUGUCAACCCGAACCGAAGAGCGAGUAUUUCUGGUCGACACAGGAGCAGGGAUAACCCUGGUGAAACGUAACAAAACUGUCAACGCGAUA